ACCUACCUGAGGCCCGUGGGUGCAGCCCAGCCCAGCGUGGGAUGAGGCCCAGGCCAGCCUCUGUCACCCUUCCCCGAGUGCAGGUUGUGCUAGCUGUGGCAGGUGUUCCAGAAGGCCACAGUGCUAGAAGGUUCUAGAAGGCUCGUGUCAGGGGCAUGCACCCCCUUGCUCUCUCCUUGUGCAGGAGCCAGAGGGGCCAGCAAUUCACUGGUCAGGCGCAGUGAAAAGUGCGUGGAUUCUUUCGGGGCCUUACAGAGGAGGGCCAGGGCACUGCCACUCCAUGCCCACUCAAGGUGCCUUCCUUGCUGUGCAUGACCUGGCCGGCCCAGCCCCAGGACGGCCUCCCCUCCCCUAGCAUCAGUGGCUGCAGAGUGUGCUCCAGGGGGGGCGGUGCAGCUGCCUAAGUCCAUCUUCCUUCUUCCUGCCACUUGGAUGUAGCUGCCAGGGGGCGGGUGGGGGGCGGUGUCUGCCUGGACCCACGCCCAUAUUAACCUGCGCUCUGGCCUGGGGUGCAGAGGGGCCAGUCUGCACGGGAAGCCUGAGGUGGCCUGCAGUGGACAGGUGUCCAGGAGAAGCAAGUCCAUCUGUUCCAGAGCCACUUGCCCCCAGCCUUCUUCCUGCCUGGUCUGACUAGGACCAUGGCCUUGAGAGCUGGUGGCCACAGCCAGACCGCAGUGAACGGGAUGAAGGAGAAGGUGCUGACUCUGGAGACCAUGAACCCCUGUGUGCGGAGGCUAGAGUACGCAGUCCGCGGCCCCAUUGUGCUCCGUGCCCAGGAGCUGGAGCAGGAGCUGCGCCAGGGUGUAAAGAAGCCCUUCACUGAGGUGAUCCAUGCCAACGUGGGCGACGCACACGCCAUGGGGCAGAGACCCAUCACCUUCCUGCGCCAGGUGCUGGCCCUCUGCGUCCACCCGGAACUCCUCAACAGUCCCGACUUCCCUGAGGACACCAAAAAGCGGGCCAGGUGCAUCUUGCAGGCCUGCAAGGGCCACAGCCUGGGUGCCUACAGCGUCAGCUCCGGAAUUGGGGUGAUCCGGGAGGACGUUGCACGAUACAUUGAGAGACGCGACGGAGGCAUUCCUUCAAACCCCAACAACAUCUUCCUGUCCACCGGGGCCAGCGACGCCAUCAUGACGGUGCUCAAGUUGCUGGUGACAGGCGAGGGGCCCUCGCGCACUGGUGUGCUGAUUCCCAUCCCUCAGUACCCGCUCUACUCGGCGGCGCUGGCCGAGUUCAACGCUGUCCAGGUGGACUAUUACCUGGACGAGGAGCGCUGCUGGGCGCUGGAUGUGUCUGAGCUGCGCCGGGCACUCCACCAGGCCCGACAGCACUGCAACCCGCGAGCGCUCUGCAUCAUCAACCCUGGGAACCCCACUGGGCAGGUACAGACCCGCGAGUGCAUUGAAGCUGUGAUCCAGUUCGCCUUCGAGGAGCGGCUCUUCCUGAUGGCUGAUGAGGUGUACCAGGACAACGUGUACGCCGAGGGUUCACAGUUCCACUCCUUCAAGAAGGUGCUCAUGGAGAUGGGGCCCCCGUACUCUACGCAGCAGGAGCUGGUGUCCUUCCACUCGGUCUCCAAGGGCUACAUGGGCGAGUGCGGGUUUCGCGGUGGCUACAUGGAGGUGGUGAACAUGGACCCGGACGUACAGCAACAGAUGCUGAAGCUGUUGAGUGUCAGGCUGUGUCCACCCGCACCGGGCCAGGCGGUGAUGGACAUGGUAGUUAGUCCCCCCGAGCCCUCUGAUCCCUCCUUCCCACAGUACCAGGCGGAGAAGAAGGCGGUGCUGGCUGAGCUGGCAGCCAAGGCCAAGCUCACUGAGCAGGUCUUCAAUGAGGCCCCAGGCAUUACCUGCAAUCCGGUGCAGGGCGCAAUGUAUUCAUUCCCGCGUGUGCAGCUGCCCCCACGCGCCGUGCAGCGAGCUAAGGAGCUGGGCCUGGCCCCGGACAUGUUCUUCUGCAUGCGCUUGCUGGAGGAGACAGGCAUCUGCGUGGUGCCCGGCAGUGGCUUUGGGCAGCGGGAAGGCACCUACCACUUCCGCAUGACCAUCCUGCCCCCCAUGGAGAAGCUGCGACCCCUGCUGGAGAAGCUGAGCCAGUUCCAUGCCAAGUUCACCCGAGAGUAUUCCUGAGCCUGGCACCGCGGGUGACCAGGCCUGCCUCUCCAGAAGCCCCAAUAAAGCGGAGACGACCUCAGGGAGAUUGUUCA